AUGGGCUGCACUUUUUCCUUAUCAGAUAAUGCAAAGAAAGAUGAAAUGAAGAGAUGCAAAUCCUCCAGAGAUCAUGCAGCUCAUCAAUUAGCUUCCCGCAAGACUAAGAAGACUCAGCGACGCCUCCAUCAUCGUUGGCAAUCACGUCACGUCUAUAAAUCCGGUGGCGGCCGAAUGGGAGGUGCUAGCGGUGGCGCCAGAGAUGGCGACAUCAUCCUCAUGAUGGGUGCUGCAGUUUAUGUCCAGAUGGAUUCUGGGCUUGGUAUCUUCCAUGCUGGUGGUGCCUGUGGCAGCGGCGGAGCUUGUGGUGGCGGCGGAGGUAUUUUAAUUUACAAGCUUUUUUUUUUUUGGAAGAUAAUCCUUUGUACUCAGGGGCCAAAAUUCCAUGUUUUAGGGAUUCAAUUUGAAGCAUCAGGUCACAAAUCUCCCGGAGGAGAGAUCGCGUUCGCGAGCCCGGCGCUGGUGCUUACGAAGCCAAAACUGCUCUUGACAAGGAAUCCGGCGGUUCUUCCGGCAAGGACCUGUCAACGGAGCCGCUGGUCAGAAAAGCUCGAUGUCGGUGCCAGAAAUCGUCUUGGAGCCGGAGAGGAGAUCGAGAGGGAGAGGACAGGAGAGGAUUUGAUUAUAGGUCAACGACUCCAGAGGCGACUCGGAUUCAUUGUGUAUAUAGGCGCACAAACUUGGAGGCAAUUCACAUCCAAUCCAACAUUCAAUUCACUGCACAAAGCCAUGGGGUGCGGUUUUUCCGUAGGAGAUGGGAAGACAAAGGAAGGGAGAACAGAGGCUCAAGCUGCCCGUAAAACCAAGAAGCAGGCUCAGCGACCACGUGCCCACCGUCGCCGACAACCACGUUACGGGUAUCAAACUGGAAGCGACGGUGGCAUGAUCUUCAUGACGGGUGCUGCAGCUUCUGGGAUGUACGGGGGUGGUGGCGGUUGCGGCGGAGGAGGAGGGUUGUGGUGGAGGCGGUGGUUGCGGUGGCGGAGGAGGUUGCGGGGGCGGUGGAUGUUGAUGCGUACAUGGAUAAUAACAUCUGGACCUCUUAAUUAAUUAGCUAGUAGUAUUCUAGAAUUGUUUUCAAUUUUUCCUUUUUUGGUAAGUGAAAUAUGUUAGUGAGAAGACAAAUUAUAUGUAAAUGAGCUUGCUUACAUGUGUCGCGUACUCACCGCGAAGACAUGAGCAGAAUUCUUCACCCAA